AUGUCUCUAAACACACUUCAAAUCCGACCGUUGAGCCCUUUCCCCAUUCAAACUUCCCGCCACACCUACCCUACAAACCUCAAAUUCUCCUCCAAAACCCUUCCAAGAACUCGCCAAAUAAAAUCCAAAUCUCAAGAAACCCACAAUUCCACUCGUCAAACCAAGACUCAACAGGAUGGCAUCCCCAUUGAAGAUGUCAAAAUCAUAGCCAAAUUCAAGUCUAGACACAACUACAUUCGGGUACUCGAAAUCUCUCGAAAAGCUGAUCACCCUUUUGCAGGCUCUAGACUCCUCCUUUUAGAUGCUCCUGGAAACAUUCAAAGCAUUUCCUUUCUCUUCAAAGCACUAACCAACACUUAUUUCGACGUUUUCGCUACUCUGCCCCCCAUCGUACCCCCUGGACCCAUUGCCAUUCUCGGGUUCGGAGCGGGUUCCGCAGCUCGCUUGUUGCUCGAAUUGUAUCCAGGAGUGGUGAUACAUGGAUGGGAGCUUGACCCAUCAGUGAUUGAUGUUGGAAGAGAGUAUUUUGGUCUCAAAAAACUCGAAAAACAAUACCCAGAUAGGCUUUUUAUUUACGUCGGAAAUGCAUUAACUGCUAAAGUUAAAGAUGGUUUCUCCGGAAUUCUUGUUGAUUUGUUUUGUAAAGGUAGUUUGAUACCUGAACUUCAAGAUCCAAACACUUGGGAGAAAUUAAGGAAGAGCUUGAGAAAAGGAGGGCGGAUCAUGGUGAAUGUUGGGGGCAGUUGUGUGGAGGCUGAGGAUAAAAGAAGGGAUGGUAAGGUGGUUAUGGAACGUACUUUGAAGGCAAUGCACCGGGUUUUCGGCAAUAGGCUUUUUGUAUUGAAUCUUGGGAAUCGAAAGGAUGAUAGCUCGCUCGCCAUCACUGGUCAAUUGCCGGAUCUUGAUGCUUGGAAGAAGAUGCUUCCCCGCUCUUUGAGUUGCUAUGUUGACAUGUGGGAACCGUUUAGUCUUUAG